CAGAAAUAGUAAAAAUUUUACGGCAUUCUUCUCUCUUGCCUAUAUUCUUCAUUUCUUCUCCAUUUCCCUCUCAUCGUCUUCUUCUCUCUCUAGUCUCUCUCCAUGGACUCUGAUUUCUGGACCUCUCGCCUCGCCGCUGCCAAGCGGCAAUUCAAUUUGCAGCACCACCAUCACGGCCAUCGCCACCACGCCAACGCCCAACUCUCCUCGCAGCUCGAUCGGUUGAGCAUAGACGAUUUGGAGGUUGAAGAAGAGGUCCGACCUGAUUUCCCUUGCCCUUAUUGCUACGAGGAUUUUGAUAUCUCCUCUCUUUGCUCCCAUCUCGAGGAUGAGCACUCUUGCGAGUCCAAAGUCACCGUUUGUCCCAUUUGUUCUAUUAAAGUAUCCCGGGACAUGCUAAGUCAUAUCACACUGCAACAUGGGCACUUGCUCAAGUUGCAGCGUCGUCGAAGGCUACGUAGACUUGCAAUUCCCAGCAGUCAAGCGCUCUCGUUAUUAGGAAGAGAUCUUCGGGAAGCCCAUCUUCAGGUGCUUCUAGGAGGCAGUGGGUAUCGAUCGGGCAGUGCAAAAUCAUCUAGUGCUGCAACUAAUGAUCCCCUUCUUCAAUCCCUCGUUCUCAACUUCCCUGGAUCCGAAGCAGACGAAAUUUCAAAGUCUCUGGUUUCCAGUAUCGAGGACACCAAUUCAAAGAAUGUAACACCGCAACAUAUAUGGAAGUUGAGUUUUGACCCGUCGCUAAGUUCUGAAGAGCGAGAGAAGAGGAUACAGCAGGCUACUGGGAAAGCGAUCUUCGUUCAGGAUCUGUUUGCAUCGACUUUGUUAGCCGACUAAUAGAUGCAGUAAGUUUUGUGAAAGAAGUACUAUCUCGGGUUUAAACUAAGAUUCAGAUCAAGGGGUUUUCUGGGUGGCUCAAAGAAUUAACUUUAACAGCCCAGCAUCUGAAUGUUUCUUGAAACUGGAUUAAUACAGAUGAUGAUCAUCAACCAAAUAUCCAUCUUCGCAACUCCUCUCAAUGAGGGAUCUUUGUACCCGAGGUCGAUGACGAUGAAUCCAUGUUCUUUUAUCUUUCUCAUUUUUCCUUGCUUUGUAACAUAUAUUACAUAUUAUUCUCAGAGAAUUUUAAGCUAGAUUUUAGCAGAAAUUUAUGCUGUUGCAAGCUGGAAA